GCCGCCAGGGGUCAGAGUGCAAGAGCUGUGGUUUGUGGGUGUCGACGCAGCACUACUCUCUCCGAGGAACUGAAAUCAGAAUGAUUUCAAUAACACAAUUUCAGAAGGUGGGUGUGGGGUUCAUGGGGUUCGGUCUGUUUUUCCUUCUCUUUGGCGUGUUGCUGUACUUCGACUCUGUCCUGCUGGCUUUUGGAAACAUCCUCUUCCUGGCGGGGCUUGCUAUGAUCAUCGGACUGCAGCGCACGUUCAACUUCUUCUUCCAGCGCUCCAAACUGAGAGGCUCCGCCUUCUUCCUGGGGGGCGUGGCCUUGGUGCUGCUGCGCUGGCCCAUUGUCGGCAUGGUGAUAGAGACCUACGGCUUCGUGCAGCUCUUCAAGACCUUCUUCCCAGUGGCGUUUGGAUUCCUUGGAUCGCUGGUUAAUAUUCCAUUCCUCAGCUCGUUGUUUAACAAGCUAGCAGGGAGCAGCAGCUCCAUGGUGUGACCUGGACCACAAGAACCUAGUGCAGUACCAAAGAAAAUCAUUAUAAAAGAAGAGCAUGUGCUAUUAGAGGAAGCACACUGAGAUACACCCUCUUCAUAAUGAAUGGGGAAUUGAAGGGGUGCAUUUAUUUAAUUUGACAGUUGGAAAAUGAAACAUGAAGCUGCACUUCUCCGAGCCUUCGAAGAAAGAAGAUGACCCCUUCUCAAUGAGGAUUCCCUCCCGUAAAAGAAUCCGAAAUAAACCUAAAACAAUAAAAAUAACAAACCAAUGACUCUUUCGACCAGAGACUCGAGCAAGUGUCAGGUUGUGUCCUGUGAUGGAGCAGCCGUGGGCGACACAGACAUGUGGCACUGUUCACUGUGCUAUGCUAUUAUUUAAUGUGUUGUGUAUGGGGUGUCAUCUGGUGCAGUCUGCCCAAUCUGUGCUAAAUUAUUCCUGUUGUAACAAAAAAAAGCAUGAUUUUCAAAAGGGGCAAAAUAAGAACUAGGUCGCAAAAUGAUUUUUAAAGCCUGACUAAUGUAACCACGUCACUUGAUUUAUAUUUUUUAAAAGCGUCGACAAGUGAAUACAUGACUAAUUUCAUCAAAACCAUUUGAAAGCCAAAUCAGGUUUUAGAAAUCACUGCCACCUAGUUCUUAUUUUGCCCCUUUUGAAAAUCAUGCUGACAAUGUAUUAACUUCUUAUAAACCGCAAAACCAGAGAUUGUACCCAGAAUUACCAUUAAACAUAUAUAUAAAAAAAAUUAAAAAUCUAAACUAUGUUGCAUGUUCUAGCACAGGAUGACGUGUAAACACAAGAUUGACUGGAUUGUUGACAUAUCCUUAACGACAGCUGAUUUCUCAUACAUGAUUUCAAACACACAAACGUGUUAACCUGCGUCAUUAAACUUUGAAUGUGUCCUCUUUGAUUUGUUAUUCUGGGAGUGGGAGCAAAUACUACAGCAGCGAGAGCUGUGAGGAGGCUGAUCAACCCCCAGCUGGAGAGCCCUGUAAAAUGCUGUGGAAAACAUCUCACUAUUUCUGUAGUAUUAACACAGUCUUUUCCUACCUUUCGUUACCCUUUACACAGCUACCCUUUUGAUUGUGCAGUGUGACAGUGUGACAGUGUGAAGGACCCUGUUUCCCUACUCAUAUUAUUUGUAUAUGUACUGUAGUAGUAAUUGAUGUUGCUUUUCCCUAUGUCUCUCUGUAAGCUUUUGGGGCUAAAUAAACCCAGAGGCCUGGUGCUUGAUCCUGCCAAUAAAAUAAUGUUUCUUUUGAAA